CUGAGUGACUCUACUGGGGCCUAUAAGUACUGGGGUCCACCAACUGCCUGCUCAUUAUCUACCUGAACAACGUCCAGUCUGGUCGCUGGUCACUGAAGCUCCACACCGAAGCCUCACACACUCGUCACAGACAGCUGUUGCACACACUUUUCCAUCAUUCACAGAAGAAAUUGGAACAGGUUUUCAUUGAAGAAUCACCACUGAAAUUUAUUCACCGUUCCUGAUAUUGUAAUUGAAGACUCCAAGACUCAGAGACUCCUACUUUGUAUCCUGUGUUGCCGAGUGGUCAUGAUGUUGUCUCUGUGGCUGACCGAGGUAUUCCCACUGGUAGCAAGCACCCAUGUCAGAAUGGAAGGGGACAUCCCAACUUCCUACCUGACGGCGCCGUCGCCCCCCCUCAUGCCAACGACUACCCACACCCUGCUGUCAGUACUCCUCUGCUUGGCACUGACCAUGGGCUAUCUGGUGUUUGUAGGAAUGGCCAUUCAGUACGGUCGGGUUCGGCCAACGUCAGGACUCUGUCUGCAGUUGCUGUUGCUGACAAUAUUCUCACCGAUACUGUCGACGGUGUUGCCGAGCAUGCUGCUGAGUGCCACGUUCCUCGUCAUCGUCAUCUACUACAUGUACCAGAAUCUACCGCCAGCAUAUCUUGGUGUCCAAGGAAAGGCAGUUCUCAUUACUGGUUGUGACCAGGGUAUCGGACACGAGCUGGCCAAGAAGCUGGACAGCAUGGGUCUGCAUGUGUUUGCUGGCUGCCUCUUCAAGGAUGGACCCGGCGAGACACUGCUGAAAGAGACUUGCUCCGACCGCCUCAAGACUCUGCAGCUGGAUGUGCGAGACAUGGCGCAGGUUGAGAAGGCGGCCAUCUUUGUUGAUGAGAACCUCGGAGACAAUGGUAGGUAACUGUGGGGCAUCGUCAACAACGCCGGCAUUUGCUACAUCGGCAACGUCGAGAUGAUGACGAUGGAAGACAUGCAGAAGAUCAUGGCAGUCAACUACUUCGGCCCCGUCAAUGUCUGCAAGGCCUUCCUCCCUCUGCUCCGCCGUAGCCGUGGACGUCUUGUUAACAUCGCCAGCAAUGGGCGUUUGGCGCCAAUCCCCUUGAUGGGUGUCUACUGUGCUUCCAAGGCAGCGCUGGCCAGCAUGACCGAAGUGUGGCGCUACGAGCUGCAGGCGUGGGGCAUCAACGUCUCCAUGAUCAUCCCCAGCGGAUACAAAACAGGUAUCCUUGGUUACGACAAAGACAAGACUGCCGAACGCUGGUGGAAAGCCGCCAGUGAUGCAGUCAGGAACGAUUAUGGCAAGGACUGCUUUCAUAUCAAGUUACGAAAUGGAGACAAUGUCCUCAGCAGCGACCUGUCUCCCAUUAUCCAGUCGAUUGUGGAUGCUCUCCUCUCAACCAAGCCCAAAACAUUUUACUACAAAGGCAUCUUGUCUCGAUCACUUCCCUUCCUGUACCUGCAUCUGCCGGUCUGCAUCAGCGACCCCAUCAUGAAAGUCAUUGCAAACUGGUACGAUUUCUCACCAAGAGCCUUGAAGAAGUGAACAGCCCAUUCAGUUGUCAAAGGGGCCAAAUAAACUCUCCAAAGAGAAAGUAACUCUCCAUGUUGAAUGCCACAAGGGGAGAUAACUCUCAAGUCUGACCCAAUGCAGACAAGAAACUGUGCCAAAUAUAGAUCCGUGUUCGAAAUGAAGGAAGUUUUGGCAUUCUUAGGGUUACCGGUGUCGUACAUUGUAUUUAAAUCUAACAAUUGACAUCAGUUGUGAAUUACAAACAAUGGACCCGAUCAAAUAGAAAAGAAUCCUUGACUUUUGUUCCUGAUUUACAACACUGUAGAUAACAGUUAAUAUCUAGAGAUUUAGCAUUAACAAUGGUGGACAAAUCUGUUUUGAAGCUGGUUUUUAAAACAAUUUGAUCUACAAGCCAUGGUUGUGAAUAGAUUAAUAGUAAAAAUAUUGAAAUGUUGUUUGAUAAAUAUAUACAUGCAUACUGCAAACAAUGGCAGCUUUUAUACUCUAACAAGUUUUUCAAGAUAUGUACAUAGACUGUAAAAACGGAUCAACCAAAAAGUUGGGAUGUCCAUCAUAUCUCGGUAGAUUGAUAUGAGAAAUGACCCAUACUGACCAAGUCAGACAGAAAGUAUCAAAAUAUUGAAAUAUAUUUUCUUUAAACUUGUCAGUACGUGUUAAUUUGGCAAGAUCAAUGUAUCUUCUGUCAAGAGUGAGCCUACAUUUGAUUUAAAACCUUAAAACAAUAACUCUUUUUUCCAAAUUUUGUCAGAAUAUUUUCUAAAAAUGGUUCUAUUGAGGAGUUUAACCUGAUUUCAAUCCAGAUGCUACAUUUUUCAUUUUCUCUCCUCCUCUUGGCAUACUGACCAAUAAAAUCUGUAAAAGUAGCAAUUAAUCUGAAUUAAAUUAAAGUAAUCUGAACUAAUACGGUUUUCCAGGGACUGCACAGCAUGAGCACAUCAACAAGCUGUGUGCCAGCUCACUCUUCCCUUUAAGCCAUCUGGAGUUACUUCCCUUAGUUCUCUUUCUGAGCAGACGUGUAUCAAGAAAACUGACAUCUCCCAGAAACUUUAUCACCAUUAUUUUAGAUUGACAUUUUUACACAGGAUAACUUUAUUUCUGCGACUAAAAGUCAGUUUAGAAAACUUUAAUACACGACUAAAUGUGCAUUGAUCACCUUUGAUGCCACAGUUUGUCAUGUGACAUUUAUUGUGCCAAACUGUUCUCUGAAAAAGCGAGAAAUUUUUCGAGGACUCAUGUCACAGACAGAAUUACUGACCUUUCUAUUUGAAAAAUUAAUUCAAUAUAAAGUUUGAUGGCUGAAUUUACUUAUAUAAAAAGGUCCAAUGCUCCAUGUUUGACAAGAAUAAUGUGAUAUCCAUGUAUACAUUUAUGCAUAAUCAUUAUGCAGCUUACAUUUAGUAAAAUCUGAUAAUUUUUCUAAACAAGCAUGUUAACAAAAUGACAUUAUCAAAAUGAAUCAUCAUCUUCAUCAUCAUCAUCAUCGAUUGUACAUAUAUCAUAAACCAGUGCUCACUGAAUGAAAUAAAUGUAAGGCCGAUUUCUUUUGUUGGGUUACGGAUUUUGACUGUCAAAAAAAAGGGGGUUGGUCGGUUUAAAAUCCCAACCAGACCAUAAACACAUUGACAAAAGAUUUUUUAAAAACAUCUUAAUAGUUGAAAUUGAUGAGUAGUUGAUCAAAAUAUGAAAAGAUUCAUAAUUUAUUGUUUGUUUUCGGCUUAGUUAUAUUAUCAAACUGAUCUACCUCAUUAAAAUCCAUUCUUACAAUUUUGAAGUCACUUCGUAAACUGAUGCAAAGAGAAAAUGUCAGGCCAGGACAUGUUGUACAUAAUAAUUAACCACAUUACGGGUAAACAAUGUUCUUUGAACCAAAAUAUGAUUGUUGUCUCUUAUAUGCGUAGUUGGAAUAUCGAGACAUGUUGAUAUACGACAGAAUGUGAUAUGAUUCUGAACAUCCAAAUGGCUGUCAAUAUACUCAAGGAAUGAAAAAAAGGAACAGCUAUGUUGCAAGUAUGCCAACAUUUUGUAUCGAUUAUAACAGAAGUGUAUUGACAGGGUUCCCACAUUUUUGUGAAAAUAAAUUCCAUGAUUUUUCCAUUUUUCAAGUCAAAAUAGCUUUUUCCGGACACAACAUAUGUCCUUGGGUAGUUUGAUACCUAUAAACAUAUAUUACUGUGUCUAAAAUAAAACACUAUCUUAAAUACUUUCUCCCGUCUCCCCUUACAGCUGUACAUGCACACCUCUUUAUGAGAUGACAUAAUAAAAAUGAAACAUCGAGUGUAGCAAUUUUGCGUUUACCCUUUAACUAAUUUUAUUGACAUAUAAGCAAUAUAAAACAUGUUAUUAUUGUUUAGACUUUUAGUACCACAUGUAUUUAAGCAAGUAUUCACAUAUAUGGAAACUAAUCCCGAUACACAUGUUGAUGGCUGCUGAAGCCCUUGUAGUACUGUUAAGAUAUACAGUUUUGUUAGAUAAAAAAACCCAUGAUUUUUCCAUGAUUUCAUCUACUUUUCAAAUUCCAUGAAUUUUCCAAGGAAAAUCGGGUGAAAUUUCCAGGUCUUGUGGGAGCCCUGAUUGAUAACAACGGAUGCAAAUAUUUCAAUCCGACAUAUUUUGUUGACAAGCAAAGGUCUUAUUGAACACACCAUUGAUUUAGUAAAAUCUUGCCACAAGUGUCCUAUGAUUCAACCAUCAGUAUGUUAGAUCUUUCCAUAAGAAAUACGCAAAGAAAAUGUGUGAAUUCCUGAUCAGCUAAUGAGAAACUAAGAAUGAUAGAAAAUAAGAGAAAAAAGAUUAAUAUCUAUUUUUGAUCAUUCCCAUCACAUUUACUGACAUUCGUUGUCUUAAUUUGACCAAAUUUAUGCUUAAAAUCCAUGUUAUUGCUACAAUAACAUAAUACUGAUCAAAUUCAAGAUGGCUGCUAUGAACUGCCAUUGUGUUCAGGUAGCCUCUGAAUAUUCAGUAGAUAUUUCUGUGGAAGGAUCACCUGGGUGAAGGUGGCAGCAGUUGUGUUAUGUUGAAAUGAAUUCAUAUCCAUCAUGAAAGAAAGAAUAAAUGAAUAAAGAAAAUCAUGUCUUA